UAUAAGUAGUGUCAAGUUGAAUUGUUGAUCUAGACAGGAUCAUGAGUGUUUGUGCGUUUUUAACUGUUUUCUGUUAUUUUUUUCUCUAAGUGUAUUACUGCUAUUAUUUAGCAUUAAAACAAUUGCAUAUACUAAAGAAGUAAUAUAAAAUAUGCAACAAUGACUACCUCAUCAGAUGUAGCAGCGGUUCGUCUUCAAUCGUAUCUAAAUUUACCGCUUAUUAAUCGAUGCAGAGAACUUACAAUAUUAAUUGAAAAGUCAAGUACAGCUGAUUUACAACAUGUCUUCCCUGUUUUGAUACAUUCUUUAUUUGGAAUAAACGAUAAUAUUGGUUGGGGUUUACAUUCCAUUAAUGCAAAGAAAAAUCCACAGGAAUAUGAUACACUUUGCUAUUUUCUUGGUCCAAUGGGACCAAUUUUUUCUCUAUGUUACAAAUUACUUCCAGAUUGUUAUUUAAAAUAUAAUUUUCCCGUCUCCUAUUUACCGGCAAAAAUACGUUUAAUGUUGGAAGAAGGAAUUAUACCUCCGUUUUAUUUAGAUAAAAUUAAAGAUGAUCAUAAUUCACGUUCGUUAACUGAACUUGCAAUGAAUCCCUUCGAGUAUUAUAUAUUUCAUUUUGCCUAUCAUUUGACAAAUCCUUGGCUUCAACAACCACAACAGGAAAAUGUUUGGACAAAUUGGGAAACUGUUUAUGUUCAAUUGGCGCACAAUUAUUUGAAUCAUUUUUUGCCAAGGGAUAAUUCUCCAGUUUUGCCUAUAAUUGGUCCUUAUGUGAAGAAAACACCUCCGAGGAAAUUGAUGCAAUCACCUGAAUCAAAAAGAUUACAAACAACGCGUUUAUUAAGAACUUCAAUAUUGUCUCCAACUUCAACAAGCCCUGUUUCUGGUGUACCACAACAACAAUGUUUACCACAAGUUUGGAGAAGUGAAACUGUGGUACAAGUUUGUCUUGAUUUUUGGUUAGAAUAUACGGAGGAGGAUCAAUAUUCACCAAAUCUUGUUACAGCAGCAACAAGCUCUUUACCACGUCGUCAAAGUAUACAUUCUGGAGAACAUAUUCGUUUGGUACGCGCACUUUUAAAAACAUUACAUGAAUUUGCUAAUAGCGCAACUGGAGAUAAAAGCGCUAUUGACGAAUUAAAAAGAGUUAUACUUCCAUCGGUUCAAGGAAAGAUUUAUCUAUUUUUAAAAAAAGCUAUUCAUCAUUGGCCACUUGAUAGUUCAUUUCGAUUGAUAUUAGAAGCUUGGUUAAGCUUUAUUCAACCAUGGAGAUAUGUGUCGGGCGUUAUGUACACUGAAGAAGGUAAACUUGAAGAAGAAGAAAAGGGCAAAAUUCACGAUCCAACGAGAUGGAUGUCAUUUGUCGCGAAUAAUUUAUUAGCCUAUACGGCAAUAUUUCAACAACUUCUUCCAAGAUUCAUGAGAAUAGAUUUAGUGGCGCCUAAAAAUGCUUUAAUGCUGUUUCGUGUGACAAAAGUAUUUUCUCAACCUUAUUUAACUGAAAUUUUAUCCGAUAUUGAAAGUUGUAUGGAUGAUGUUGCAUUAAGUCGUGGUAGAUUAUCAAAUAAUCAAUGGACUGCAAUUGUACGACAACAAAUUCUCGAACUUGAAGGACCGUCUUAUCAAUAUAAUCCCAUAUUUUCAGUUUCAACGAAAAAUCAGGUUCUAGAUUUUUUGUACACAGUGCGACAAGCUCAAUUAACAGCAAUAAGUUUACUUGAAGCAUUAGAGAAACAAAAAAGUGGAAGGAAAUUGCUUAUAUCGAUAUGGAAUUUUUUUAAUAGCGAAAAUACUUCUUCAGAUGAUAUAUGUUUAGAGGAAAGACGAAAAGUUCCAGCAUAUUUAGCUUUUGCACAAGAACGUCUUAUUUAUAUAUUUCGACUUGAAGAAGAGGAAUUUCCACCAGCGAAUUUAGUUGCUGAUCAAGAAUAUCAUGACACGAUACUUUCCACUUCCUUUGGUCAUCAAUCUCAAAUGGAUUCAAGUCUAGAUUCUACUAGACCUGGUGUUUAUGUUCCAAUUCAAGAUGGAAAACAAAACUAUAGGUAUGUUGAAUAUUUGGGUGAUCCAGAACUUCAACCGGUUCGCAGCAAUGAAAUAACAAUUUUAGUCCGAGCCUUGUAUAAAUUGUGCGCAUUUCUAAAUAAUAAGUAUCAACACGAAUUAAGCAGAAUGUAUAUGAGAAACGAUAUUUUUGGAAGAAUCGCACGUCAAAUUAUUAAACCACCAACGUUAGUUGUUAAUUUACCAAAACGUACUCCAAAUGGAUUUACUUCCGGUUCGGAAAUUCGUAUUCCUCCACGAAUCAGUUUUCGUAUAAUGGCAAACUAUCAUGUUUCUGGAAGCAUAUUUUUUGGAAUAUUAUUUUUCUGGAUAUUAGGAUAUAGUAUGCCAGUCAUCUUUGGACUCUCUUUCAUUUCUUGGUUAUUCUACAUAUUAGCACGUGCAUUAUGUGAACCAUGGCUUACAAACAAUAAUGCAACUGCAAGACAAACUUCGUUCACUCAUAAAUGACGUUUUCACAAGUAUUUAUGAUAAAUUCUUAUCAAAACGGUAAAAUUUUACAAAUAACAAAAUUAAUAUUGAAAAUAACAUUAUAAUUAUAAUUAAAAACUUUUGAUUUUGAAAAAUUUUUCGCUAUGUAAAAAUGUAAAAAAUUAAUUUUUUUACUUCUAAAUUUAUUAUAACUUAGGACAAACAAUAUAUACAAAAAUGUGUAUAAAAUAAACUUAUACGUUUCGGCACUAAUGCAGUGACCUUCUCAGGAAUUGAUAAUAAUAAAUAAGAUGAAAGAAAA